AUGGUAAUUUGGAGUUCCGUGAGGAUUGCUCAAGAUCGCCAAAAGUAUUAUGCGGAUCACCGCACGCGAGAUUUGGAGUUUCAAGAAGGGGAUAGAGUAUUUCUUCGGAUCUCACCACAAAGACCGUCAAUAAGAAAUCGAAAGCAAGGGAAGCUUAGUCCGAGGUUUAUGGGACCGUAUAGGAUCAUUGAGCGAGUAGGUCCUUUGGCCUAUCGGUUGGCCUUGUCCAACGAAUUAGCUGGAUUUCAUGACGUGUUCCAUGUGUCUCAAUUGCGGAAGUUCAUACCGGAUCCAAGAAUGAAAGUUCCAGAGGAAGAGGUUGAGGUUCAUCAGAACCUAACCUAUAUUGAAAGGCUAGUGAAAAUCUUGGACCACAAGGAAAAGAGGUUGAGAAGCAAAUCAAUUCCAUUAGUUAAAGUUCAGUGGAACCAUUACUCGGAUCAGGAAGCAACAUGGGAGCUAGAAAAAGAUUUAAAGAGACAAUUUCCCGAAUUAUUUGUUGAUGUAAUGGAAGAGUAG